GCUAACACUGAGAGCGCAUUUAUGAGUUUCGCUUCGUUUUAUUUUGGAGUUGCGUAACCUAUAGAAAAGAGAAGGAGGAAAGACCAAGAAAGUAAUCCGCUUCUGGAAAGUUGGAGGGGCUGAUGGCGACGGCUCUUGUCUUUAUUAUUUUAGCUUGUUGUUUUAGUUUAUUGUUUUCGCCUGGAACCCGUGAGCAGGAAGGGUGCAAAUGGUCUUUCCUUGCGCCAACCUUAUAACAUUACCACCUUCUCUGUCACUGAACUCUACAUUUUGCAAAAAUGACCAGGACAAGAGUAUAUCAGUGUUGGACUGCAUUUGGGCCACAGGCCCCUUGUGGACUCGCCCUGCCUCAAAGUUGAAUGUCUGCCUUGUAUAACUUCCUCUGCACCAGUGUCCCUGCAGUGAUAAAGCCUACUCUCACUGUGGGACCAGGGAAGGAACCGUCCGCAGUCCGCUUCGGUGACCUCCGAUUCAAGAAUAUGUGCAUGUAAUCCCUGAGAAUCGCAGAAAUGAAAUCCUCACAUAUGAAACGGAUGCUGGUUUUUACAGCACUCUUUGGUCUCACAGCGUUCGUCCAGUGCCAGGAAUUACAGAGUUUUGACCUUCUGGAGGAGUUCCGGGUGUCCGAAAUCUCAGGCGUUCAAACGGUGAACGGGUCGGGACCGGGCACGGUGGCUUUCCGGGUCGACCCCUCCGUUCACCUGAAAAACACCAUCAGUGAGGUGUACCCAGAUGGCCUGCCCUCCGACUUCUCCAUCAUCGCCACCUUCAAGAUGACGGCGGAGGCAGCCAGAGGCUCAUGGGAGCUGUGGCAGGUGAGCGACAGGUCCGGGCGGGAGCAAAUGGGCGUGCGUCUGCUGGGCGACGCCCGCGCCCUGGAGUUCUUCUACACGGGGCCGGACGGCGCCCCCACGCGCCGGACGUUUGGCGGCGUGGACCGCCUGUUCGACGCGGGCUGGCACAAGCUGGCGCUGAGCGCCGCGGGCGAGGAGGUCAAGCUGCUGGUGGACUGCCAGGAGGUCAGCGUCGCCUCCGUGGACCAGCCCCGCCCCCUCAUCCGCCGGGGCUACACCUCCAUCGUGAAGAGGGCCGCACGCAACCGCGGGGGCUCGGUGGAUCUCCAGCAGAUGGUGCUGUCGUGCGACGCAGACCAGGCGUACUCCGAGCGCUGCUGCGAGCUCUCCAACGUGUGCGGGGGUUACGCCGAAAUCGGCCUGUCGGGGAACAGGGCCGCUUGCCGGUGCCUUCACGGGCAGCCCGGGGUUCAGGGAUCCCCCGGACCAAAGGGCCACAGGGGUCUCCCAGGCAACACAGGAGACACAGGAAAAGUUGGUAAAUGGGGAGUCAGAGGAAACACAGGUGAUUAUGGAGUAAUUGGGAAGACUGGUCCUGAGGGCAUCGCUGGGAUCAAAGGGGAGAAGGGCAUGAGAGGACUCCACGGGCGACUGGGCGACAGGGGACCCAAGGGCCUCAAAGGACUGAAAGGAGCUGCUGGGUACAAGGGAGUGCAGGGACCUCCUGGAGAGAGAGGAGAGACGGGUGAACAGGGUCAAGUGGGGGAUCGAGGUCCUCUUGGAUAUGAGGGAAUUCCAGGGUACCAGGGAGUGAAGGGCGAAGAAGGGUUUCUGGGCCCCGAGGGCUCUCAAGGGCCCCAGGGACGUCAGGGCAUUGUUGGGGAUGCAGGAGAGACUGGAAAAGCAGGACUGAAAGGGAAGCCGGGCAUCCAAGGACGUAAGGGGAAGCCAGGCACUUUUGGAGUGAAAGGCAUUGUGGGAGAUCCCGGGACACCAGGAAGAGAUGGAGACCCAGGAAUUGAGGCCUACCAGGGACCUCAGGGUACAGACGGGAGAGCCGGCCGAGGCGGAGAGAGGGGAGAGAAAGGAGCUCGGGGACCCCCUGGGAACAUGGGCCCACAGGGACAGACCGGGCUGAGGGGAUUCAAGGGAACGGCCGCCAAGCCAGGAAGACCGGGCUUUAUCGGACCCCCAGGACCCACAGGACACGUGGGAUUACCUGGGAGGCAGGGCCCUAAGGGUAAUCCGGGUCUUCAAGGAAUCCAAGGUGUUAAAGGUGAAAAGGGUGAGACGGGCAUGAAGGGACCGAAGGGACAGGAAGGAGACGGUGGGGAUCGGGGUGUGGAGGGGCUCCGGGGAAAGAGGGGCUCUGCGGGGGAGCCGGGCCGCUCAGGCCCCGUCGGGAGCAAAGGUGUCCGAGGAGACGGGGGGCCAGCGGGAUUCCAGGGGCCCCCAGGCCCACCUGGUCCCACUCUUCCAGCCCAGCACGUGAUCGAGGUCUGCAAGCGGGUGGUCCUGGAGCAGAUGUCCACCUUCGCCAACUCCAUCAAGAGGACGUGCGCCGCCGUGUGCCCGCUGUACGGGGACGUGCCCAUGGGCGCCCCCGGCCCGCCGGGACAAAAGGGCCCCCCCGGACCAACUGGUGACCCAGGAACUGAUGGUGUGGAAGGGGAAGUCGGACAGCAGGGAUUCUAUGGUGAAGCAGGGGACCCUGGAAGGCAAGGAGCACCAGGCGAUCGAGGAGAGCGAGGGGACAAAGGAGCUAAAGGCCAUGGACUACCUGGCCACAUGGGAAACCAAGGCUCCAUGGGCAAGCGGGGAAGACCUGGCAGGGCUUUCGAUGGGCAGGCCGGUCGCCAAGGAGAUCGGGGCCACGCAGGUCCGCCCGGACAGCGGGGCCACUCUGGGCAGCCUGGGGUCCCUGGCGUCUGCCUGACCCAUGGGUGUGACCUCAUCAACACCACAGCCAAUGAGAUCCCACAGCCGGCGCCCCGGCCACUGAGGAGACGCCCUUAGAGACAAAAAGAAAACCUUUUCAAGGAUGCUCAGGGGGAGCGAGAGUUUGGGGGAAUCCUCUUUGUUACAUAUUCAAUUUUUUUCGAAAGGCAGGCAUUUCUUAAGGUAAAAAUUCAACCCCUGCAAAAUUACAUUCAACAAUGUAAAUAAUGCAAGCUGACUUCUAUCACAGGACUAAAAGCCAUCACACUGGAGGACAUUAUUUUAAUUAUUUGAGUUACCUUAAAUCUACAAACCCUUUCAUUGAAUAUCAAAACCAUAAUGGUCUUCCAGACUUCACAAUAACAUUGCCACAUGUUAUCUCUGUUGAAAAGUUUUGAAAACUAGCCAUGUAAAAAAGUAGUUUAUUAAUUUGAUCCAGCGUCUUAUUUAAACUGAUCUCAACAGUCUUAAUUGUCUUAAAAUAUUACUGUUCUUUGUAAUAAAACUUCAAAAACGA